AUGGUUCCUGUGAAGCUUGUCCUCUGGGACCUGCAUGGGUUUCACGACACUUGGAAUGGAGUACGUGCUACAAUGUUCCGGCGGAAGUCCGCCAUAAUCUUCGUGCUGGAUCUGGAGACAAUGCAGCUCGAUGAGAUUCAGCACUUGCUGGACAUAUCUGCGUCGGAGACUGUCUCAAAGAGAGUCCUGGUGGGCAACAAGGCGGAUGUUGCUGCUCCAGGGAACACUGAAGAGGCCGAGGCUUUCGCCACGGGCAAGGGUUUGACGUACUUCGAGGCCUCUGCCAAAGAUCACGAGGUGUUAGAAGUGGUUUUCGGCAACCCU